GGUCGCAUAUCCCGGAUCCUAUUCAAGACGGCCCGGAGGGCUUGAGAAUUAGCAGGUCAUUGCAAACACCGACGACUCGCAUAGGAGCUGGCCUUCUGUUCCCCGAUCAAGUGUACCUUUAGACAUCGUACGGCUAUAGACCAUAAGCUGACUGCUACAGGGCUACAGCCUACACGAGACUCCCCCCACUACGCACUGCACAGUAACCUUAAGAGUCAAGAGACCCUGACUACGCUCCUGCACUCCGUGCGACUAGCGAUUCUCGUAAUAUCCGUAAGCCCAGCCGCGAAUAAAUACGGACAUACGUCCCUCGAGGCUGGCCGAUCGAUCGCGGCGGCGAACACUUUCACGAUGGCCCCCUCAUACGUGAAAGUGGAUUCUCAGGAGCCGGAUUCACAGCUAGAGACGACUAGCCCGGCGCAUAUGGCGACCACAACUUUGAAGGUCGGCGGCAUGACUUGCGGCGCAUGCACUUCCGCUGUAGAAUCCGGAUUCAAGGGCAUCGAUGGGGUCGGCGACGUGUCCGUAAGCCUGGUUAUGGAGAGAGCGGUCGUGCUUCACGAUCCUAAGAGGAUCCCAGCCGAGAAAAUACGGGAGAUCAUCGAGGACAGAGGUUUCGAUGCAGAGGUUCUGGCAACCGAUUUGCCUUCGCCUACGUUUGAGAGCAACAGUUACCAACACGAUGAGGGUGCGCACGAAGAGAAAGGCGAUACAAAGGCAUUUACAACGACGACACUGGCUGUGGAAGGUAUGACAUGCGGAGCCUGCACGUCAGCAGUUGAAGGCGGCUUCAAGGACGUCCCGGGCGUCAAACACUUCAGCAUAUCACUCUUAUCAGAAAGAGCCGUGGUCGAGCAUGACGCAUCUCUACUAAGCGCCGAGAAAAUUGCUGAAAUUAUUGAGGACCGAGGUUUUGGAGCAACUGUUUUGGAAUCCCAACUGGCUGUCCCCAAGACGGCUCUGAAGUCAAGGCGAGGAAGUUCCGGAUCGAGAGAACAGGUAGCCACUACCACCGUCGCAAUCGAGGGCAUGACAUGCGGUGCGUGCACGUCUGCCGUUGAGGGAGGUUUCAAGGAUUUGGACGGUCUGAUACAGUUCAAUGUCAGUCUCUUAGCAGAACGGGCAGUAGUCGUCCAUGACCCGUCAAAACUGCCUACCGAGAAGAUUGCCGAAAUCAUCGAGGAUAGAGGAUUUGAUGCCCGUGUCUUGUCCACGCAUCUCGGGGCCUCCAACCAAUCCUCUGCAUCCACGACAACGCAGUUUAAGAUCUUCGGAGUCAGGGAUGCGGCAGCCGCUACAGCGCUUGAGGCUAAGAUUCAAUCUAUGCCUGGAGUCAACUCGGCGACUAUCAGCCUCGCUACAUCUCGGUUGAGCAUAUCGCAUCAGCCAAAUAUUGCUGGUCUCCGAGCCCUCGUUGAACUCAUCGAGGCACAAGGGUACAAUGCCCUUGUUGCUGACAAUGAUGACAAUAAUGCUCAACUCGAAUCCCUUGCGAAGACUAGAGAAAUCACGGAAUGGCGUCUUGCCUUCCAAACCUCUGUAGCCUUUGCCAUCCCGGUGUUCCUCAUCGGCAUGGUAAUUCCCAUGAUGAUCCCUGCUAUAGACUUUGGGAGUGUGGUCGUGUUCUUUCCUGGUCUAUACCUGGGCGACAUUAUCUGUUUAGUUCUUACGAUACCCGUACAAUUCGGAAUUGGCAAGCGUUUCUAUGUUUCUGCAUGGAAAUCAAUGAAGCAUGGCUCACCCACUAUGGACGUGCUCGUUGUCCUUGGUACCUCAGCCGCAUUCUUUUUCAGCGUUGCCGCUAUGCUCGUCUCUUUGUGUGCUCCUCCCCACUCACGGCCUAGCACCAUUUUCGACACAAGUAGCAUGCUCAUCACCUUCAUCACGCUUGGACGCUUCCUGGAGAAUCGAGCAAAGGGUCAGACCUCAAAGGCGCUGUCUCGUCUCAUGUCACUGGCGCCAUCAAUGGCAACUAUCUAUGCCGAUCCCAUUGCCGCAGAAAAGGCGGCUGAGGCUUGGGAGAUGAGCGUAGGCUCAGGAGCUGAACCAAAGUCAGAAUCCACCCAAGAAGGUAAUUCUGCAGAAGAAAAAGUUAUUCCUACAGAACUUAUCCAAGUUGGUGACAUUGUCAUUCUACGGCCCGGUGACAAGAUUCCUGCCGAUGGUACCGUUACCAGAGGUGAAACCUACGUCGAUGAAAGCAUGGUCACUGGAGAAGCAAUGCCAGUCCAGAAGCGGAAGGGUAGCCUUCUCAUUGGAGGCACUGUUAAUGGUACCGGCAGAGUCGAUUUUCGAGUCACGCGAGCUGGCCGAGACACCCAGCUCAGUCAGAUUGUGAAGCUUGUCCAGGACGCCCAGACAACGAGAGCUCCAAUCCAGCGCUUAGCUGACAUGAUUGCCGGGUACUUUGUGCCCACUAUCAUCUUCCUCGGAUUGCUCACAUUCAUCACCUGGAUGGUUCUCAGCCACGUUCUUUCACAUCCACCCAAGAUCUUCGUGGAUGCAGCUAGUGGUGGAAAGUUUAUGGUUUGUGUCAAACUCUGUAUAUCAGUGAUUGUCUUUGCCUGCCCCUGUGCUCUCGGUCUUGCAACACCUACGGCAGUCAUGGUUGGAACAGGUGUCGGUGCAGAGAAUGGCAUUUUGGUUAAAGGAGGUGCUGCACUGGAGACAGCAACCAAAGUCACGCAAAUCGUUCUUGACAAGACUGGGACCUUGACUGUCGGCAAAAUGACUGUCUCCAAGUCCAAUCUCGUGCCCACAUGGGAGAACAGCGAGUGGCGGAGGAAAUUGUGGUGGUCGAUCCUUGGUCUGGCUGAAAUGGGCAGCGAACACCCAAUUGGUAAAGCUAUCUUGGCUGGUGCCAAGGAAGAGCUUGGGUUAGGCACUGAAGGAACCAUUGAUGGAGCUGUUGGUGACUUUCAAGUCAGCGUUGGCAAGGGUGUCAGUGCACUCGUAGAACCAGCUACAAGUGCAGAGCGAGUACGAUACCGGGUUCUUAUUGGUAGCGUCAGCUUCCUCCGAAGUAAUCAGGUCGCUGUACCUAAAGAAGCUGUUGAAGCUUCUGAGGAAGCCAACGUCCAAGCAGCCUCUUCUUCGUUCAAGGCAGCAUCUGCCGGAACCACCAAUAUCUUCAUUGCCAUUGAUGGCUCCUACUCUGGCCAUCUUUGUCUGUCUGAUAGUGUCAAGGAGAGUGCCCGUGCUGCAAUUGCAGCUCUGCAUAAAAUGGGCAUCAAGACCGCGAUCGUCACCGGUGACCAGCGCUCUACAGCACUUGCCGUUGCUCACAUCGUUGGCAUACCAUCCGAGAAUGUCCACGCCGGCGUGACACCAGAUCAGAAGCAGGAUAUCAUUCGCCAACUCCAAGAAAAGGGCGAGCGUGUUGCAAUGGUGGGCGAUGGGAUCAACGAUUCACCUGCACUCGCCACUGCAGACGUUGGUAUUGCCAUGGCGUCCGGUACAGAUGUGGCUAUGGAAGCAGCAGACGUUGCCCUCAUGAAGCCAGAUGACUUGAUGGAUGUCCCAGCCUCUAUCCAGCUCGCCCGGUCCAUUUUCAACCGCAUCAAACUUAACCUCACCUGGGCCUGCUUAUACAACGUCAUCGGGCUCCCAUUCGCAAUGGGUAUCUUCUUGCCGUUUGGAUGGCAUCUCCACCCUAUGGCUGCGGGAGCUGCAAUGGCGGCCAGCAGUGUCAGUGUUGUGGGUAGCAGCUUGUUGUUGAAGUUCUGGAAGAGGCCUAGAUGGAUGGAAGAUGCCUUGGCAGAGGAGAAAGGAGGAUUGAAGAAAAGAGGCAAGGGGUGGGGAAUGUGGGGCUUUGUGGGCAAGUUUAUGGACUAUGCACGGGCUAUUACCGGCAGGAGGAGGAAGGAGGAAGAAGGCUACGUCCCUUUAAAUGCUCUCGAGUCCCCUGUGUAAGUCUUAGAGGGGUAAUGAUGUUUCUAGCACUUGGGCGUUCUACGGUGAUAUUAUUGUUAAUAAUGUUAAACGAUACCAUAUAAUAAUCAAGACGAGGAUUCCCUUGCUUACCUAUAACUGGCAUCUACCGUAAUCAACGUCCG